AAUCGAGUAAAUCAAACAGAAGCCACCUUCUCCCUCCCUCUGUUCUCCCCUGGUUUCAUGGCUCACUGGCCUCACACUGCAGGCAAAGGGGAGGUUUUCUCUCGCUGCUCAUUGGCCGCGGAUCUCCCUUCUCUGCAGCAUUUCCAUUCAUACUCCCUGCGCUCCUUCGCCCCACUUUCAAAAAAUAACUCACUGCUGUCAUCCGUAUUGUGGAAAAAAACGCCUUUGACUGGACGGGACUAAUUAACUGAAAUCGGAGGAGGAGUGAUCUGCCAACAUCGAAAAGUAGAUCGGCGCGUAACGACAGUUCUCAGAAGACAUGUUCCAAACUGUCCCUGACACGUCGUCUUACGUAAAGGAGGCGCUGUCAGUGGUGAGUGAAGACCAGUCCUUAUUCGAGCCUCCCUACGCUGCUGCUGCCCCUCUUCCCAAAACAGACAUGACUGCAUCUGGCACACAGGACUAUGGCCAGACCCACAAAAUAAACCCGCUACCCCCACAGCAGGAGUGGAUCAACCAACCUGUGCGGGUCAAUGUCAAGAGAGAGUAUGAGCACAUGAACGGCUCCAGCAGAGAGUCUCCUGUGGACUGCAGUGUGGGGAAAUGCAAUAAGCUUGUGGGGGGCAACGACACGUCUCAGAUGACUUACGGAAACUACAUGGAUGAGAAGAGCGCUCCUCCUCCCAACAUGACCACCAAUGAAAGGAGGGUCAUUGUACCUGCAGAUCCUUCGCUGUGGUCCCAUGACCAUGUACGCCAGUGGCUGGAGUGGGCUAUCAAGGAGUAUGGCUUGCUAGAGAUCGACACCGCAAUGUUUCAGAACACCGACGGCAAAGAGCUCUGCAAGAUGAGCAAAGAGGACUUCCUCCGGCUUACUACCAUGUACAACGCAGAAGUGCUUCUGUCACAUCUCAAUUACCUCAGGGAAAGUAGUUCAUCUUUAUCCUACAACACACCAUCUCACACAGACCCGUCCCCUCGUCUGGCUGUCAAAGAAGAUCCUUCAUAUGAUGCCGUACGGCGAACAGGCUGGACCAACAAUAUGCACAGUGGCAAAGGCUCGCCAGUAGUUACCCAGAAUGUGACCAAAUCCAAUGAGCAGCCCAGAGCUCAGCCAGAUCCAUAUCAGAUUCUUGGCCCCACCAGUAGUCGCCUAGCCAACCCAGGUUCAGGUCAGAUACAGCUGUGGCAGUUCCUCCUGGAGCUCUUGUCUGACAGCGCCAAUGCCAGUUGCAUCACUUGGGAAGGAACCAACGGCGAGUUCAAGAUGACAGAUCCAGACGAGGUGGCGCGGCGUUGGGGUGAGCGCAAGAGCAAGCCCAACAUGAACUAUGACAAGCUGAGCCGUGCGCUACGCUACUACUAUGACAAAAACAUCAUGACCAAGGUGCACGGCAAACGCUACGCCUACAAGUUUGACUUCCACGGCAUUGCUCAGGCGCUGCAGCCACACCCAACGGAGUCCUCCAUGUAUAAGUACCCCUCGGACCUAACCUACGUGCCUUCCUACCACGCCCACCAGCAGAAGGUCAACUUUGUAUCCCCCCACCCGCCAUCCAUGCCAGUAACAUCCUCCAACUUUUUUGGACCCACUGCUCAGUACUGGAGCUCACCCACUGCAGGCAUCUACCCCAACCCCAACGUUCCCCGCCAUCCUAACACUCACAUGCCCUCCCACCUGGGCAGUUACUAUUAAAGCGGCCUUCCCUGAGCAGCCUUGAAAUCCUACCUUUUCCUCAUUUGCUGAACCUGCACUCCUUAUGCUGCCAAGCCAGGGACAACUGAUGGAGGCAUUUCGUACUUUGAAGAAUUUUUUCUCUCGUAUGAAGGAAGAUGAAAUCGAUUUGUUUCUUGUGUAAGAUUUUAAACAGCAACUGGAUGAUGCUAUGAUCUAAAAUGUAAUACUACUUACCUUUAAGAGACUAGCAACUUUUUGUUUAUGUCUUGUGGAUGUGUGUUUUACCUUUAAUGUGCCUUUCUCCCCCAUUCUCCUUCACCUGCUAGCUGAAAGGUGCCUUUAAAUCAAAUUUCAAACAGAUCUUCACGACAGGAGAUGACCCAGAGUUCGUGUAUCUCCUGGUCAUGCUAACGAAAACAGACAUGGACCUAGCACUUCUAGGUCUACAUCCUUCUCAGCACAUUAUGUACAUUGUGCUUGAAAGCAUCUGCCUCUGCCGCUUGUCUACUACCUUAAUGGGGUUUCCUCCACUGUCUGUCUGCUUGUUUGAUUGUGUGUGUGAAGAGUCCUCUGGAAUUUGGUGGACGAGGAGGAGGAGCCUGGACUUUUUCUCAGCACUGAAUGAAAUUUGGCAACUGGAAUGUGCCAUUCAAUUUGCCAUUUAAUUUAUCCUCCAAACUGGAAGGCCAGAAAAGAGUGAGAAGCCAAAGAAGGAAGCGCUGUAUAUUCUGCUGACCUGGGUCAACUCAGCUGCUUUAAAAUGUUUUCUGUGUGUAUUGCGCUGAUGGAGAUGAAGGGGGGGGGGGUGUGUGCAGUGGAGUUAUAUAAAUUGCGCUGCGGAGGCAGAGACAAAAUAUAAUUAAGGUAAUUUGCUGCAAUAAUUCUGCCCGGGUCACAUGAGCUCAGUGGGGCCACACACUCGGCUGUUAAAUGUCUGCCAUGUUCUUGUGUCUUGCCCAUGCCGUUUCCAGAUGUUUUGUUGCUCCGCCACAUCAGUAUUAAUGUGAAUGUUCUCAGAUUUGUGAAUGGAAAGCCCUCAGAAAAAAAAUCAAAACUUGUCAGAUGGAAUUUUUGUGCAAAAUCUAAAAUCUGAACUGCAGAUGUUUUACAUUUUUCUUGCUGAAGCGCCUCUGGUUUUAUGUGUUGUAAGAACCUAAACUCUCAUGCUAUGUUCAGAUUGGGCUUGUGUCGCACUUUCAAUGACUCACUGAAUGGGGGUUCUUGAACACACCUGUAGCAUACAGUGUUCACACUGGACUGUCACUAUCCAGUACUAGUAUCCGUGUUGGAAGAGACUUUGUGUGAAAAGUCGUAGUGUUGCAAUUCUUGUUCAAGAAUUUUUUUCACAGCUCUAUUCCGAUACAUGAAAGACUUGGUGUCAUAUAAUUCCUGGCGGGCACAAACCGCGAUUAUUAAUAUCUCUGCAAUGAUCAGUUUUCAAAUAGUUGGUACUUUUGUAAAUUAAAAAGGACACUAUCCAAAUGCCACUACCAAAUCCGAGUCCCUGAUUGGUCAGAAUUUAACCGUUUGACCUUUCAGUGGCGUUCAAUGGGUGCACGUUUUGUAUUUAGGGUCCGAAAGCUGACUUAAAAUCCCAGUGACAUUUUUU